AUGGCUAGUGUCCAGCAAAAUGGGCAAAGGUUUGGAAUUACAGAACCUAUCUCUUUGGGAGGACCAACGGAGAUUGAUGUCGUCAAGACAAGAGAGCUCGAACAGUACUUGCAAGAUGUUGGAUUGUACGAGAGUAAGGAGGAAGCUGUUAGAAGGGAGGAGGUUCUGGGGAGACUAGAUCAGAUUGUAAAAACAUGGAUUAAAACAAUCAGCCGCGCCAAAGGGUUGAAUGAUCAGCUGCUUCACGAGGCGAAUGCAAAGAUAUUUACUUUCGGUUCUUAUCGGCUAGGGGUACAUGGACCUGGUGCUGAUAUAGACACUUUAUGCGUGGGACCUAGACAUGCAACUAGAGAAGGUGAUUUUUUUGGUGAGUUACAAAGAAUGCUGUCGGAAAUGCCUGAAGUAACUGAGCUGCACCCUGUUCCUGAUGCUCAUGUUCCAUUGAUGGGAUUCAAACUUAACGGAGUUUCCAUAGAUCUCCUCUAUGCACAACUUCCACUCUGGGUUAUACCUGAGGACUUAGAUAUAUCACAGGAUUCCAUUCUACAAAAUGCUGAUGAGCAAACUGUUCGAAGCCUCAACGGUUGUAGAGUUACUGACCAGAUCUUGCGUCUGGUUCCUAACAUUCAGCAUUUCAGGACAACAUUAAGAUGCAUGCGGUUUUGGGCCAAGCGACGUGGAGUAUACUCUAAUGUCUCUGGAUUUCUUGGUGGUAUAAACUGGGCAUUGCUUGUAGCUAGGAUAUGUCAACUUUACCCUAACGCCCUCCCAAAUAUGUUAGCGUCUCGGUUCUUUAGGGUCUACACUCAAUGGCGUUGGCCAAAUCCCGUUCUUCUUUGUUCUAUGGAUGAAGGAUCCCUUGGUCUUCAAGUUUGGGAUCCUAGAAGAAACCCAAAGGACCGGUUGCACAUAAUGCCCAUCAUUACUCCCGCUUAUCCUUGUAUGAACUCCAGUUAUAAUGUCUCUGCAAGUACAUUACGAAUUAUGACAGGAGAGUUUCAGAGAGGCAAAGACAUAUGCGAGGCUAUGGAAACAAACAAAGCUGACUGGGAUACCCUUUUUGAGCCAUUUGCAUUCUUUGAAGCGUAUAAAAACUAUCUUCAGAUCGACAUCGCUGCUGCUAAUGUUGAUGAUCUAAGAAAAUGGAAAGGCUGGGUUGAGUCACGUCUCAGACAGCUCACACUGAAGAUUGAAAGACAUACUUAUAACAUGCUUCAAUGCCACCCUCAUCCACAUGAUUUUCAAGAUGCAUCCCGACCACUCAAUUGCUCUUACUUCAUGGGUCUGCAGCGCAAACAAGGAGUUCCAGCAGCAGAAGGCGAGCAAUUCGAUAUCAGAAGAACCGUUGAGGAGUUUAAACACACUGUUCACGGCUACAUAUUGUGGAUUCCCGGGAUGGAGAUUAAUGUCAGCCAUAUAAAGCGGAGAAGCUUACCUAGUUUUGUGUUUCCUGGUGGAAUUAGACCUUCGCAUGCUACGAAAGGAACAUGGGACAGCAAACGCCGUUCGGAGCAUAGAAUUUCUUCUUCAAAUGCAACAGCUAGUAUUAGUGAAAUGAGUUCUGAAAGUAAAGCUGGUUCUAACAGUCCAGGAGAUGGGAAGAAGAGAAAAUGGGGAGAUGAUGAAACACUCACUGACCAAUUAAGGAACGUAAAACACGUUGCUGAAUCAGUGCCUGUAGAGAAUUGUGAAGGCGGGAGCCCAGAUCCGUCUGUUGGAUCCAUUUGUUCAAGUCCUACGAAAGAUUAUUGUACAAACGGUAAAUCUGAUCCUAUCAUGAAGGAUCCACCAGAGAAUGUUGUUGUUUUUCGUAAGGAUCCACCAGAGAGUUUUCCGAUUGAGAAGAUAUUAACUCCUCCUCAAGCUCCUAGUCAAGAAACUGAGGAGCUUGAAGACAGUUUUGAUUUUGGAAAUCAAGUGAUUCAACAGAUAUCUAAUAAAGAUGCAGCCCCGGCGGCUACUGCUACUAUACCUCCAUUAGAAGCGACUACUUUAAAUGGCUCACCAUUCUCCAAAGAAGCAGUGGAAGAACUCGAGGUUCUUCCAAUGCGACAGCCCGAGGUGACACAUAGAGAUUCAGUCCAGCAGCGAAAGCCGAUAAUCAAAUUGAACUUCACGUCUUUAGGCAAAACCAACGGCAAGUAA